AUGACUCAACCACGAACUUACGACAAGGACUUUAUCUCACGUCCAACUGCGGCCUCCAAGCCAAAGAGGAUCAUCAUUUGCUGUGAUGGAACAUGGCAAUCUUCCACAACGAUUGAUCCCAAGAAAGGCUGCCCGUCAAAUGUCACUCGUAUCAGCCGUGUUCUGGCCAAGGCUGGCCUCGAUCGUGACAACAAUGAGCGUCAACAACUAGUAUACUAUGACGCUGGUGUAGGAACAGGCGAUAUCACCGGAGCCGAGGCAAAACGACAAGGCUCACAGGGUCUUGGUCUCCUCGAGAAUGUCCUUGAAGCCUACAAUUUUAUUGUUGCCAACUACAAUCCUGGUGACGAAUUGUACUUCUUUGGUUUCUCACGUGGAGCCUUCACUGUCCGCUCAACGGCUGGCUUGGUACAAGAAGUUGGCAUCAUCAAGUCUCACCUGAUGGCCCACUUCUUGGAACACUACGGUGACUUUAUCCGUGGAGAAGAUUUCAGCAAACCGUUUGUUGAAACUGGGCAUUGGGCCAAGUUCCAAGCCCACAGCCCGUCAGCAGUCGCUUGUCCUGGUAAAGACACCGUGAUUCAAGUCAUCGGUGUUUGGGAUACUGUCGGCGCGCUUGGCAUCCCAGACAUGGGCCAUUUGAUCAAAAUCAAGAACGAUUGGCUCCGAAAGGCCUACCAGUUCCACAACACUGAUCUCAGUGCCAAUGUUAAACAUGCAUACCAUGCUCUCGCCCUGGAUGAACGUCGUGGCCCAUUUUCACCUUGCCUGUGGUGUGUCAAAGGAGAUAACAAGACCACAAAGCUCGUACAAUGCUGGUUCCCCGGUGCUCAUAUCAAUGUCGGUGGAGGAAGCUCCGACAACGCCCAAACUGACAAAGAGAAGAAGGAUGGAAAGCAACCCACAGGCGACAAUGAACGGCUUUCAAGCGUGGCUUACGCUUGGAUGCUCGAUCGUAUUCGGCCACACCUGGCUCUGGAUGAAGAAGCGCUGCAGAUGCAACUUGCAGAUAUUGACCGUGUCAUUCACAGCCCCGGAGACCCAAAGUUGAAAGCUUGGGAGAACCAGGAAUGGCUGAUGGGUAAUAUCGAUGAUAGCUAUACCAAGGAGUACAAGGCCAUGGGAAGCGCUGUGAUCCGCACUCCCAUGGACUACUACAAGCGUGAAGAAGGCUAUACCGUCGAACGAGUUCACCCUUCAGUCCACUUCCGACAGGAGUACCACCGCAACUUGAACAAGCAACUCAAGGAGCCCAUUACAGUAUAUGAGCCUUUGGCCAUGGUGGGUUGGAAGCGUGAGUACGAAUCAGAUGGCCUUGGAAAGGAUCUGAAGCCGCGAAAGGGCUGGACCUGGACGAAGUACAAGAAGGGUGCGACACCUGAGAAUAAGAAGACAAUGAUUGAGAAGAGGAUGUGGGAGUUUGAGAUUGGUAAUCUCCCAGAUGAUACAAGUGUCGAGAGGUGGUUGAUCAAGAAGUCGUGGAACGUCGAGUCAUAUUUCAAGACAGUGGAAGAGGGAUGGUAA